CUCCCGGGAAUGGAUUAGUCAGUGCCUGCCUAAUGGAGAAGGGCCCUCAGUGCAGCCAGGCUUGAGAUGGGUUUAUGUUAUAGCAGGAAAGCUGGGGCUGUGUCCCCAUGGUCUGAGAGGGUCAUAUCUGACACGACAGACAAGAGCCUUGUGCCUGGUAGAAGUUCAGUGAUGGAUUCGCCAGAAAGAAACAGAAUAGUGACAGAAGCCCUGGAAUCAGGACAGAUGGUCCAUGCUUUGACACAGCUGGAAGAAUUGGAACUGCGCCUAAAAGAAGCAGAAGAAAAGGCUAAGACAUUAACAGAGCAGCUUGUGGUGUCUGAAGAAAUCAAGUCAAAAUUACUUGAACAAGUGUCCUGGCUAGAAGAACAAGUAGAGGCAGCUAACAAUAAGGUAGCAAGGGGGCAACCAUGUGAAGACAUCAUGCAUGCCAAAAAUCAGUACAUAGAAAAAUUACAAGCUGAAGUUAAAGCUUCACAGGAACAACUUGCCACUCAUAAACUUAAGCACAAAAGGAAAAUGAAAAAGCUACAGACUGAUUUGGCAACAGCUAAGCAGGAGGCUGCCAUCACAGUUAUGGAACUCAAUGAGAAGAUAAAGGCUUUAUAUGAAGGAAAGCCAACCCCUAGAGAAGGAAACUCUCUGGAAGAGUCCUGCCAAGGCCUUCCACCUGUGGAAGAAGGAGAUAGAAGAAUUAGUCUGAUUAUGGAGUUGUCUACACAAGUGUCACUACAGACAGAGAAGCUCAAUCAGUUAGAAGACAUUUUAGAGGAAAAGGAAAAGAAGAUACAACAGCUGGAAGCAGAGCGAGCAAUUGCAAUGGUCAAAAUUGAAAACUUUCCAGAAGCAUCAAGUGCUUGUAAUGAUAACAAUACUUUUGUGGACAUUGAUGACAAUUUGUAAAGAUUGCUUAGUAAGCAGACAAUAAAAGUUUAUUAAAUCA